AUGACUCAACAAGUGGUCCCAUUUACUACGAACUUGCUGGGAUCCUCCUCAACGGAAAAUACUGGCCAUAUAUUUGCAUCCCUAUUCCCAUCGACAUAUCGAACAGCCACCGGCGAGUUAGCUCUUGUCAAAUCAAACAAGCAAGAAUUUCUUGCAUCCGAGCUCUCUGUCGACAGACUUGACAAUGUGUUUGAACAUCUCUGGAUGGUCGGACUGCCAAUUCCACCUCGACCCUUGCACUACCAACUAGUCCUGGAAAGGAAGAUAGUAAUAUGCGAGAAAAUGGACAUGCAUCUAGUCUGGGGGAAUGACCAGCUAUUCCUGAAGCCGAUUCCACGAUAUCUCCUCUCACCGACUACCUGGGAAACUCUCUUGAAAUGUGCCCAAGGAUGCAAAUGCUCCCGUGGUGAAAAAUGCACAACCAAAGUACAGCGAAGCAUUGCCCUUGGAUUCCUCUUCACAUACACAGCCCUUCUAUCAUUUGAAAGCGAUUUUGCCAUUGCGAAAGUAGAGGGUCUCCUACCGCAUGAUCCGAGCCUCUCCCAGUGGAUCGAAUGGCAAAAAUUCACAGAAGAGCUCAUCACACCAUCAAUAUAUGAGGAUAUCCACCGCCGAUUUCAGUAUGGGGAACUACGGCUCGGACGACUCAAUGUCGUCCAUCUCUUCACUAAAUUCGGAUACUACAUGAACCAAUGGUCUAAUUAUAACAACUUUCUCCGAGAUCAACUAGGCUGGCUUGCUGCGACUACCAUUUACAUUGCUGUCGUAUUGACUGCGAUGCAGCUUGGUCUUUCAACUGACCAGCUCAAAGCGAAUGCUCCCUACAUGACAGCGGCAUAUGGGUUCAGCGUGUUUGCAAUCUUAGGGCCAUUGGUCGCUUGCGGGGGAAUAUUUAUAGCAUUAAUGGUCCUGAUUGUUACCAAUUGGAACUUCCAAAAGGGAAAGUCGGCAAAGCGGUUCAAACAAAUGACUGAGCACAAGACUGUUUAG